CUCAGGCCCGGUACAGGUUUUGGCACUUAGAAGGCUAGCAUGUGAUGGCGGAUAAUGAUAUCGACGAGCAAAACACGAGGGCGAUAGACGUGCAUGCGUAGCAUCCAUUUGGGAUGGCAAAAGUACCAAACGAUUCCUCUUUCCGUUCCGGCAUUUUCUCGAUUCAUUCGUGCCAACGCGAUCAUCUUUCAAACUCGUACACACUCUCGGCGAUUCGAUUACAAUGAUCAGAUGGUUCAUCUUGCAGGGGAAAGCAUCUGCAUGCUGUGCAUCGCCGACAUAUCUCACCGGUCAGCACUCAGACCGGGGUCUUGGCAAAUCAUGAACGGAAUCAGCAUAUGUGUCCAUCACUCUACAGCAGUCUACGCAUGCACCAAUAUCAAUCAGGAAACCGGUAGCGAAAAUAAAGUCCGGGUGACAGGAGCAGUGCAACUUCCAGCUGAUGUUGCAGUUAUUCAGACGUGGUGUUUCACUUUGUGUCACGAUCUGAAGAGCACGCAGCCUACCACGAUGCAGGCAAUGGCGAGAGCCCAACGCGGCUGGAUGGGUAAAGCGGUAAUCAUCGCCUUCUGUCGUAGUGAUGCGCGAUCAAAAUAUGGUUCUCUUAAGUUGAGUUACUUCACACUGAUUAUUGGCAGCGUUGAGCACGCGCGUACAUCCUCCGCCUACACCAAUACUAAUCCGGCAAGCAAGGGGGACGGAAAAGCCAUCGCCAACGUGCAAGACACCGACUUUUCUCACCUCUAUUGCGAGCAGCGAUCUACCCAUGCUUCAGUGUGCGGCAUCUAUGGGGAUCCUCGGCAUCCUCCGAUCAACAUCAAACGGGAAGCUAGUAGCGAGGACCGACACCAGGUAGAAUGGGUCGAGUGCCUGUGCCACCGAACGCUGUAGCGAUCAAAACGUGGUGUCUCAGUUGGUCUUACGAUUCACUGGUCCCUCAGCAGGCUGGUGGCUGCGGGCCGCGUCGCUGGUGGCAUCGUCCCCAGAGCGACCGUCGUCUCCGUGCAGACGGGAAACCCUCGAAGUCCCUUGCACGGCGCAUACUAGGUGGCGAAAGCCCUGCGCCGGCCG